AACGUUUACUUGAUAAGCCACAUCCUUUCUUUACUUCUAAUCGUGUGUCGCGUCGGCCGCUUCGUCACAUUUCGAAUUGUAAGAAUACUCAUAGUCAUAACUUAUUCAAUGAUUUGCGAAGAAGACGUUGCGGUGGUUUGGUUUAAACUGCAGCUCGAUAUUUGUUAAAAUUUCUAAAAUUUCCCCUUUCACGUAUUUUAUUCCUACUGCUCCAUCAUGAAGAGUUCAGUUGCAACAGUCCUUAUAAUAUGUCUGAUUUGCAAUGUCUUUUGCGGCCCAUCAGCCCCCACAGCUUAUAUGAAAUGUCCCAAGGGAUGUGUUUGUCAAUAUGCCCACUUUAUGGAUUUACAAAUAUCACGUUGGAUAAACUUUAUGCAAACCAAAAAUCAAGACCGUUCAAUGGGAAGCAGAGGUUCAACACAAGAAACCCAAGACGAAUUGAUUAAUGACAAUGAAGUCAUGUAUGACGGGGAUGAAGGUUUCAAUGAAAAUUCGUUUAUUCAACAAGUAACCUGCAUUCUACAAGUCGAAAAUGAUGUCCGUGCACUUGUUAGCCAGCUACCCGUUGAUCUACAGGCUUUGGUGCUUCUCUACACUGCCGAAGGACAAAACAAAACAGUGCCAACAAGUGUUUUCAAACCUCUAAAUCAAUUGACAACAUUGGAAAUCAGAGGACCAAGUGAUAAAAGUUUUCGACUCAUCAUUGACGAACCAAUGAGCUUCCUUCAACACGCCAAUUUCGAGUCAAUCGCACUCUUUGGAUCGGAAAACUACAAACGGCCCAAGAAUCCUAUUCAUCCACGAGAGAGUUUCGAAUACGUACCAAGUAGUGAACAAAUUGCCUACAACAUAUCUCUGGAAGCUAUGCCUGAAGAUCAAGAAAUCGACAUAGUUCCCUAUGACGUUUACAUACAGGAGAUAAAGAAAUCCCGUUUGGUCACCUUCUAUGGCUGGGAUCAUUUAGAAGUUCUUCGAAUAAAUCACUGCCGAUUGGAUGAAAUGCGCUGGGAGAUGUUCGAUGGACUUUUAGAAUUGCAACACUUAUCACUCGAGCAUAAUGAGAUUAAAAUAGUACCCGCCUUCGCACUGUAUGGAGCAAUGCACAUCAAAACCUUAUCGCUGGCAUACAAUUCUAUUUUGGAUUUCAAUUAUCGUUCGCUUGCUGGUUUGCUAGACUUGGAGGUUCUCGAUUUGAGUCAUAAUAGUUUGUCUAAAUUGUCCGAAUUGAGUUUUCCUCCAUUUCCCAAACUCGAAUAUGUCGACUUUAGACACAAUCCGAUUCGGUAUAUAUUUCCAGCAACAUUUGGAGUCAUGAAUAAUACAAGAACAAUGCAUCUGGGUUCGAAAGAUGUCGCAGCUGAACUCUGGGGAAAUGCUCCGUUCGAUUCGUUGCAUCUUCUCAAGGUUCUCACUCUAACAAAUGUUUCAAUUGGGGCUCUCGAUCAUGAUGUCUUUCAAAAUUUGAGGUCUUUGGAAAUUCUUGAUGUGAAAGGACAAAUAAGAAGUAUCGAAUUCGAUGCUUUCGCCGAUAUGGCUUUUCUUAGGGAAUUGAAUUUAAGUUCUUGCAAUAUUAGGGAAAUCUCUAUGGAUUCAUUCUUCGGCUGUAAAAAAUUGGAAAUAGUCGAUUUGUCCAACAACAAUCUUUCAUACAUUCCUCCUGGUUUGUUCGAUGAGCAAAAUCAACUUCGAGAGAUCUAUUUGCAAAGGAACAACCUUAAAUACCUUCCGUCGACAUUUUUCCACAAUCCAUCACUCAAACUAGUUCGUCUGACAGAGAACCCAUGGAAAUGUACCUGUGACAUGGCAUUGUGGAAACAAAAGAUCACUAAUCAAUUGAGUGUUGGCAAGACCAGUCGAUGCAUCAAACAGUUCCAUACUGGAAAACAACUAUCCUGUCGCAAAAUAGACACUUACAAAUUUGAAAAGGCCUUAUCGCCAAGGUGUAAGAAUUAUAAUGGACGAAGUGUAUUUUAUGUACUGCGUAAGAACAUCCAAUGCAAGAAGACAACCAAGAAACACCACAAUCAACAAAACCCAUCAUCAACACCACUGACAAACCACCAACAACCACAACAUCGUAUGCCGAAGUAUAAGCUUUCAGACGAACGACUGAAUAUGAAUACCUUAUAUCAGGACAAAUCAGAAAUGAAACGAAUGCUACUGCAAAAGGAACGAAUUGUUAUUCCAUGGGCUCAGGCUAAACAUCAUAAGGUCCAAAAGACGAUGGCCCAUAUAAAUAGUUUACAAUAUCUUACCGGAGAGGGUUUGCGGAAAAACAAAUCUCAAGAAGUUACUAAAUAUGAUGAUAUCUUUGGAGGGAGAAUUGAUGAGCAAUUUGACUACAAUAAUAUUUAGAAUCUAAACAAAUGAGAAAUAACCAAACAGCGGAUGUAUAUGUUUUUGUGUAUAAGAUUAGGCCUAAGGGAAUUUAUUUCAAAAUUAAAUAGGAAUUACAAAAAUAAAGGAGUUACAAAUAUUUUCUAGGUGUAAGAAAGUUAAGCAUUAAUUUUUUAAAACGACUUCGAACUAACUUCAAAUUUCGUUUAACAGUGUCUAGGUUUUUGUUUUUAAGCUAAAAGUUAAAUGUUUUUGACUGAAUGUAAUAUAAAAAUAUGUUUUAAUAAAAUGAAAAUAAAAUGGUAGUUAUUUAAAAUAUUA